UCAACUAAUUGUUCCAAUACAAAAAAAAACCAUGCAUCUUGCUCUCAGCUUUGUCAUUUUGGCCAUAGCUGUAGCCGCUAACGUCGAAGCGCAAUACGGUUACCACAACCCAUACGGUUAUGGUAACCCAGCCAACUUUGCUCCCCCUUAUCCAGGACCUUACGGUUACCCCCAACCUGGACCUUAUGCUCAACCUCAGCAAAAUUACUUCCGCGCCGGCUACCCUCAGCCAUCGUUUGAAGGUAAAAAUGACCAACCCGACACGCGUCUUUUCCUUGGAACUGUCACCAUCACUUUGGCCACGACAACCUCCACCAGCACCAUCGUCACAUCUACCACUUGCACUACUUCCGCCAGAGCCAUCUCGAUUUGCUCUCCUUCCGGCCGUCGUCGUCGUGGCCUCGGUUUGAACAUCAGCCAGAAAGCCCGCGGACUUUUCUACAACGACGACGACGACGAAUCCGAAACCGGUAGCAUCUUCAGCCGCUCAGACAAUCCUGAAACCGUGCCUGUCGCUCCAGCCGUCGAGCCAGAUGUUGAUCGUCAAGCCCGUUCCACCCAACCUAUGGUUCCAUUCGUCGUUCAGCCAGGUUUUAACGCCCCAGAGGCAAUUCGAGGUGGUCGUUUCUUGGUCACCUUCGGAACAUCUACCAGCAUCACCACCACGACUUCCACCUACACUGCCAUUUUGACUGCCGCAUGCAGAAGCACCACAAGCUACAACACUUGCACUGGCACUGGAAAAUAACUUUCAUCCUUCUCUUAGCACUGUGAAAAUUGACCCAAGUUUUCUAUAAAAUUAUUGUUACCCGUAUUAUUAUGUUGCCAAUGGUUCGCAACCCGACUCAUUGUGGCAGCAAUUCUACCCCUUUUUUAAUAUUUAAGUUAAUUAUGGCUUCGGGAUGUAUUCGUUGAUGAUUGUAUUGAAAUUCCGUGCAGUCAGCUUACGAUUGACCAGAAAAACCACUUCUCUUCUUCCAGACAGAAGAAUCAGCUCAAAGUAAACAUCUGUUAUCGUUGAUCUAAACCACGCAAAUUGUCUUUACAUGAAGGCAUCUGCCAGUUUCUGAAACGUUGCCGUCCAGCCCAUCUAGCCAAUAGAUUACAAUAUAACAGUACUACAAUACACAGUGCAGCAAUCAAAACCAA